GGAUUCCUGCGUUGUCAUGCGGCUUAAAAUAUGACCGUUUAGUUUAUAUUGUCGGAUGCAGUUGUUGAAGAAGAAGAAAGUUGUUAGAAACCACGCACGCAAUCGUACCUAGGCACUGUACGUUAAUGCCGUUCGCGAAGAUAACGCGAUUUAUAAUUAAUUCAUAUCAAAUAAUUAUGUAAAGGAACAAAAGUGGAAAAAUGAAUCUGUUAUUAACACGAUAUAAAGUGCAGAGUAAAUGGUGCGUUAUUUUCGUUAUAUUGCAAUUUGGCGUAAUAUCCCUUGGCGAAGUAUCUUUUGAGACGGAAAUUGCUAACCUAGAAAAUGAAAAAUUGCCAUUGGCAAAUGUCUCUUUGCCGGUGCUUAACAAUUUGAAAGUUAUUACAAAUACAAGUCAGGCGUCUGCAAUUACAAAUUCAAAUUUGAUUAUUGACGAUGAAAGUAAGACAAAAAACUGGCCUAAGAAUUCUGUAAAUGAAUUCGUUAAAUUAUCUGCCAUUAAUAUAACUGUGACAACAUCAAAAUCUCAAACCAUAUAUUCUGGAGCGAAUACGGAACAAAAUGAUAAUAUUGUUAAAAAUGUAACGACCGAAAAAAAUAACGCAGAUAUAACGGGUGGCCUGAUUAAUGAGAAAAAUGGAACCGUGAUUACCGAUUACUCAUCCUCUCAAAGUCCAGAUAUUAUUAAUGCAACAAAUACAAGUACAACAACAAUUGCGCCUGCAGAACCAGUACUACCUGACAAGGAUUCUGCAGAGGAAGAACAUAAUAGUUCAAUGUCCAUAUUUUUUGUUCUUUGCGUUUUAGCAUUAGGAAUUCUAUUAAUACAUCUCAUGCUUCAAACAAACUUUCAAUAUCUACCGGAGUCUGUGGUUAUUGUAUUCUUAGGUGGUGCUAUUGGCAUGAUCAUAAAUCUUAUGUCCCAUCAAAAUAUAGCAAAUUGGAGAAAGGAGGAAGCUUUUUCUCCAACUGCUUUUUUCCUCGUACUCCUACCGCCUAUAAUAUUUGAAUCUGGAUAUAACUUGCACAAGGGAAAUUUCUUUCAAAACAUAGGUAGCAUUCUGGUAUUUGCAAUCGUUGGUACGGCCAUUUCUGCAUUCGUCAUUGGCGCAGGAAUUUAUUUAUUAGGUUUAGCACAGGUCGCGUAUAGGCUUAGCUUCGUCGAAAGUUUUGCAUUUGGAUCAUUAAUAUCUGCCGUAGAUCCAGUUGCUACAGUUGCAAUUUUUCAUGCACUAGAGGUCGAUCCAAUUUUAAAUAUGUUAGUUUUCGGAGAGUCCAUUUUAAAUGACGCAAUAUCUAUUGUUUUAACAACUUCGGUAUUAGAAUCGAAUAAUGCUACUACCACUAGCGAAGCCAUUAUUCUUGGCAUAAAUAGAUUUUGUCUUAUGUUUUUUGCCUCUGCUGGUAUUGGAGUUGUUUUCGCACUUAUAAGUGCUUUACUAUUGAAGCAUGUUGAUCUCAGAAAAAAUCCAUCUCUUGAAUUUGGAAUGAUGUUGGUCUUCACAUAUGCCCCUUAUGUCUUGGCAGAAGGCAUACAAUUAUCUGGUAUUAUGGCAAUAUUAUUUAAUGGAAUAGUUAUGUCGCACUAUACUCAUUUUAAUCUGUCAACCGUUACUCAGAUCACAAUGCAACAGACUAUGAGAACUUUAGCUUUUAUAGCUGAAACAUGUGUCUUUGCUUAUUUAGGAUUAGCUCUUUUUAGUUUUAGGCAUAGAGUGGAACCUGCUCUAAUCAUAUGGUCUAUUAUAUUGUGUCUUAUCGGUAGAGCAGCAAAUAUUUUUCCAUUGGCUCUUCUUGUUAAUCGCUUUCGAGAACAUCAAAUUACCAAAAAAAUGAUGUUCAUUAUGUGGUUCAGCGGUCUUCGAGGUGCUAUAUCGUAUGCACUAUCGCUUCACUUGGAUUUUAGCGAUGAAACUCGUCAUGUCAUUAUUACAACUACAUUGAUUAUUGUCUUAAUUACAACGUUGAUAUUUGGUGGCUCUACAAUGCCAUUGCUUAAAUUUUUACGUGCAGAAAAGAAACAAAAGAACAGUAGAAGGAAGAAGAAGGAUAAAGAAGUUUCAUUGAGUAAAACAAGAGAAUGGGGUCAGACGAUUGAUUCUGAACACUUGUCAGAACUGACAGAGGAAGAAAUGGAAGUAUCUUUUCUCCAAUCGCGGAUUCAUGGUUUCGCAAGAUGGGAUCUGAAAUUUUUCAUUCCAUUUUUUACUCGAAGGUUUACACAACAAGAACUGAAGGAUUGUAAAUCACAGAUGACAGACUUGACAAACCAGUGGUAUCAAGCAAUCAGAAUUAGUCCAUUAGAAUCAGAUGAUGAUGCGACGACUGCAUCAACAGCACAAUUAAAUAUUAAUGUUUCUGAGGAAUCUCGAAAUGGAAGAUGGGUAAAGGAUAAAAAAGGACGUUCUAGUCAUGGAGAUAACGAAGAAUGGUCUGAUUCAAAUUAAAGUUUAUAUAAUAGUUUACAGAAAUAUAUCAUGCGGCGAUAUGAGAUUGUACAAUGAGUGACCUUUAAAAUGUAAAAUCUGGCAUAUCCUACUUAAUGAUUAAUUUAAUAAUGACUCUGUGGAUAAUUUUCUACAUAAUGUCGUAAUAUAUGAUUGUUUUUUUUCUUUUUUUUUCUUUUUUUCUUUUUUAGUCAUAUGUAAUAUACUAUUUAUAAUUUAUUUUUAUAAAUGAAACUUAAAUGUGCAUAUUAUAUCAUUUUAUAAUUCAGCCUUAUAUAACAUUAUUAUAAACUAUUAUGGAACGUAUUGAAGUAUUGAGUGAAACGUAAAUAGAAAUUUCAGUUUCCUUAUUUUUUGCACUUACUACGUUUUAACUUCGCAAAACUUUGUAAAUGACAUGCACAUAGAUAACGCAAACUGAUAUUCUUAUCUAUUCUGCCUUAUAUAUUAUGCACAACUAUUUUUGUACAGUUUUACAAAUAAAUUUAGUAUUAAGUAACAAUUUUCCAAUGAAUUUUAUAAUUUAUAAAUAUUCGUAUAUCACAAGUCAUUGUAUUUUAUAAAUAAUAGAAAGCAUGAAGUAUCGUAAUAAGAAUGUAAAGCCGAAACUGCGCCUAUAAAUGUAUAUUUUUUUAAAACAUGGAAAUUUUUUUAGAUGGAUAGGUUUGAAAAUUAUCGUUAAGGGUUAUCCGUAAAAAUCCUUUUAGUAUUCCAUAAUUAGUAUGUACGUACAGUAGAAUUGUUUAUAUUUAAUCUUCUACUUAUGUUAUUUCCAAUUGUAUUUCAAAUGACGUAGUACAGCACGUGCUGGCAUAGUGCUCAAAUAUAUAUUGGUCAAGUAUUUUACUUUUA